GUAAGCCUAAAAAUAGUCAUGUGUGAUCUUGUUUGAUUCGUCUUAACAAGAUAAAAUGGAUUAAAGAAGUGCAUUGGAUGGUGUGCAAAAAGGUAAGUGGACAAAAACAGUGGGACGGAGGGAGUAUAUAUAUAUAUGGAAAGAAAAUCAAAUCCAUUCCUGAUGGAUGAGAUGGCUAGUGAGAGAAAGCUGCCGGAAUCCUCUGGUUUUCCGGGUUUCGGCCAACGCCGGCUGAGUAAGAUAUUCUCUGAACUUUUCACGGAGGAAGGAUGUAAACCUAUUGGUAGCAUCAAAUCAUCUAUCUCAGGCAAACCCACUGUGUUUUUCAAUGAUGAAGAGCUGGAUAAUAUCAGGGAUAGGUUUCCUUUUACUGUCAAGGCAAGAUUCAAGAAGGAUACUUCGUCGGAGGAGAUUGAAAAGAGCAUGGAAAAAGGGGGUUUCAAGGGAGGAUUCCGUAUCACAGCAGUCACCAGAUUCCAGGUAAUCAUUGUCUUCAAUCAACAUGGAGAUUACCUCCGUAUGCUCUCCAAGAGGUCAUGGACGGUCAAUGGAAUUCAGCUCUCCAUUUCCAAAUGGGAUCCGAGCACAGAAGAUAAACAUGAUAGCCCUCAAGCUCUCAUCUGGGUAACCCUCAAACACCUUCCUUUCUUCCUCCUUGACAAAAGAAAUUUGUUUUCAGUGGUUAAGGCCCUGGGGAAUCCAAUCAAGCUUGAUGAUACCACAGCAAGGGGAGGUUACUACCAAACUGCUAGAUUUCUUGUGGAAAUGGAUGUUACCAAACCCAAAAUCUCUUCCAUCCAGGUUUCUUCUACUUCUUGGGUCAAAACCAUUGUUGUGGUCUAUGACCCUCCCCUUUUCUGCAAAUUCUGUAAACGAUGGGGGCACUGCUGCACCCCCCCACCUGCCGCCGGGAAAGUCCUCACCGGUGGUCAACUCCAGUCGAGGCAUAGGGCCACAACAAACAAUAAAGUGUCCCAUGAGUGGACCAGAGUGGAGCGUAAAGGGAAAAAGCCCAUGCAGGUUAAUACAAGGAGGAAAGAGCCAACAUGGUUACAAGCCGCAAAUAAAUUCCAGGCACUUGGAGACAGGAAUACUGCUGACACCAAGGACAGCCCUGGCCCAAGCUCCAAUUACCAUCCCUCAGUAGUCGCGUUGGAGAUUGUUCCCCCUCUCGAAGCGGGCCCAAAAUCUGGUCAGGAUGGAGAUAUUAUUAACGACAAGAUUCCCACUUCCCACCUUGUGAAACAAAAGUCCAUAGCUCUUGAACAUACCUCUACACUGGAUUCCCUUGGACUUCUCUCCACAUAUGUGGAACCUGAAACCCCUUGCACCCCUGUGUGCAUACACUCUGAUGGAGAAGGAUAAAAAAUCAUUUUCAAGAGCCCCGUUUCCUCCUUGGAGGGUAAAUUGUCUGCUUUCAAGAAGAAUGCACUUUCAUUUAUGAAGGGAAGAGGUUCCAUGAAACCAAUGCCCCUUAUGCACAUGACUCUUAGGAGUCAAGCUAAAGCUCACUCCUACCCUUCAUAAUGUCCCUCCUCUUUUGGAACACACGUGGGAUGCGGAAGUCUGUCCACAGAAUUAAUACUAUCACUUCCCUUCACAACUGCUCAUUUAUUGCUAUUAUGGAACCUUUGGUCGCUUGUACAGAACUGACUGCUUUCAAAUUUAAAUUCGGCAUGUCCCAAGCUGCUUCCUACCUCAACAAUCAACUUUGG